GUUUCUCAAUUUCUCUUUGUUCCUUGAACCCAAUGGAAGUGUUAUUAUACUUUGAGCUUUCCAUUUCAUAAGCUUCUUGAGCUUCUCCUCUUCUUUCACCAUACAACACACCCUUCCACUUGAAUACGUACAUAACUCUAUUGAUAGAAAUACAAUGGCUGUCCCAAAAGUGAAUGAAAUGUUGCUUCAAGACCUUGAAGAAAUGGGAUUUCCACGGUCACAAGCCACCCGGGCACUUUAUUAUUCAGGCAACAAGAACUUAGAGGAUGCAAUACAUUGGACAAUUGAUCACGAAAAUGACCCUGAUAUUGAUGUGAUGCCACUGGUAGAUGUAGACAUUGAUAUUGAUUCUCCUCAAUCCUUCCCUAUCACGGAAGAAAUCAGAAUCAAAGCUCAGAAGCUAAGGGAACAAGAGCAUAAGAAAAAAGAGGAGGAACAAAAAAGAUUGGAGAGAGAACGGGAGAAGGAGAGGAUUGAAGCAGGUAAGAGACUCCUUGAGGCAAAGCGAAUUGCUGAAGAAAAUGCAAGACAAAGGAAUUUAGCCUUGAGAAAAGCAGAAAAGGAAGAAGAGAAAAAGGCAAGGGAAAAUGUUCUCCAAAAACUACAACAGGACAAGAUAAAUAGAAGAUCUAAGCAUGAAUCAAUAUUGCCUAUAGAUGGCCUAGCCAAUGUCAGAUCAUCUGCUACUACCAUCGAACAGCAAGAUAAGAUAUUUCAGAAUCCAAAACCUGUUUCCACAAUUGAAAAGGUUGAUUACUUAAGGGAAUGUUUGAGGUCUCUCAAGCGUAAACACCAGGCCGAGCAUGGGAGAGUCAGAAAGGCCUUCGAAACACUUUCAAUUUAUGUUGGAAAUGUUGUCAAGAAUCCAAACGAGGAAAAGUACAGGAAGAUCAGACUAAGCAAUCCGUUAUUCCAAGAAAGAGUUGCAAGUUUGAAUGGAGGUGUGGAGUUUCUUGAACUCUGUGGUUUUGAAAGAACCGGUGACUUCUUGUAUCUACCUCAUGAAAAGUGUGAUAUAGCAUUACUAAAUUCAGCUGGUGCUGUGAUGAAUUCUGCAAUCACAAAUCCUUUCUUUGGACUUCUAAGUACUUAGAUCUUUUCUUUAUUAUUUUUAGAGAUUAUCAUUCAAAAUUAAAAAUAGUGCAAGAAAUUAAGUGCUUCCCAAUAUUGU